UGGUGUAGGGAUCAGGUUAGCAUCGAAAGGUUCUAGAACUGAGGCCAAAGGAGAGAUUAUACUGCAUCGUUUAUUGUGCAACUCAUUUAGUUACAUGACAAAAAAAAAAAAAAACCCUAGAAGGAGGCGGAGACUGGGUGGAACUAUGUGUCCUGGGCGGAAUUUUCGAGAUGAGGAAAGGGGAGGGGAGGUUUGCCCCUUCGGAAAACUUGUGGAAUAUGUAGUAGCUGUGGAGACUACACCUCCCAGCAGGCGCUGCGCGUGUAGUCGCUCCGCGAAGAGGUGGGAUGAGGAAUGAGGCAAUAUUACGGCGGGCCAGGGUGUAUAAGAGCUGCUGGGCGAAUGGCGGGCCAGGUGAAGGACAAGGAGGCUUUUCAAAGACUCAGCUUCUUGUACCAGGCUGCCCAUUGCGUCCUAGCCCAGAACCCCGAGAACCAGGCGCUGGCAAGGUUUUACUGCCACACGGAGAGAACCAUCGGGAAGAGGCUCGUCCUGCGACAGGACCCCUCAGUGAAAAGGACUCUCUGUCGCGGCUGCUCCUCCCUCCUCGUCCCGGGUCUGACUUGUACCCAGCGGCAGAGGCGUCACCUAGGGCAGCGCUGGACAGUACAGACUUGUCUAACAUGCCAUCGAAGCCGAAGAUACCUCAAUGACCCCAAACACCAGCUCUGGGGGGACCGGCCUGAGGCGCAGCAGGGGAAUCAGGCUGAUCUCAAAUCGAAUAAACCUGUGGCACCCACAAACCAUCCAGUCUCAGUCCAGCCUUCUGGAGGGAAAUCCGAGCCUCAGAUCCCCAAAAUACAAUAAUAAGGGAUGCAAAGAACUAGGAAACAUGGGCCCUCAUUCAUAUAAAGUUUUGUCCUGCCUCUUAUUUGGGUAUCCAAUGUAUAGACAGUGUUUUCAAGAGCUAAGAACUCUAGUGAACUAAGCCUUAACUUUUUUGACACAACUUGUAAUGUGGGAAAAGCACUGGUACCAGAGUUAGAGGAACCUGUUUCACUUAUUGUCUUUAAGCUGUGUGCCCUUUAAGGUAUAGAAAAGAGGAAGAGCAGCUGCAAUGCAUAUCAACAAAUGAAGAAUCACAUUCCACAAAUCACUCUUGAAAGUUUUGAUUUGUAAUAACCAGGAUAUGGUAUCCCCCACAUGAAGUAGGGGAUUCAUCAUGAAAAUCAGCCUGAUAGAGAUCAGUUUAAGCCUGGUUGAAAUGGAACUUGAAUAUGCUAGAAAGCUAUUCUGCCAGGUAAAUGACCUCAAUUAAAGAUUUAGUUUCUGUGUUGAACAACUACCUGUUAAACCUAGUAAUGAGAAAUAAAUUCACAGUUCCUAGUACAUGAUAGAGAUUAUUCAUAAAAGCUAAUAAAAUUCAGUUGCAGAAUGUACACAGAAACCUUGGAAAUCCUUUCAUCAUUUUACAUUUCUACAUUUUACAGAGGUGAAGUGACUUGCUUGAAAGAUACCCUAUAUAGAAAUCAAGUCUCCAUACUUACUUCACAAGCAUCUUCACCUUUGUUCUGGUCAUCUAGUCUAGGGACAAAGCUACUUUUGCAAAUAAAAUGUGUAUUUUUGAAAAUAAAA